AAUCGAGUCAAGCAACAAGUGAAAUAAAAACGACAGGUUGAAGUUGAGCUGUUAUUUACAAUUUUGCUUUCAAGUUUAUGUAAAUAUGUGUUAAUAAUCGUAAAAUGUAACAAAUUUUGGAGUAACUAUUUAUAAUCAUUCGAUUUGGAGAAUAAAUGUACUCAUAUGAAAUAAAAUAAUAUGCCUCGAAAUUGUGAUGAAGACUCUGGACGAAGUUCCUGCUCAGCGACCUCGAUAACACUAAGUCCAGUUUUCGAUAUCCAUCAAAUGGAGCCAAGAAAAAUGUCGAAAGAAAAGAAAUUCUCAACAGAUCUCAAAGUCUGUACGCAGCCUAGAAAUUUCGCUAAUAUUUUAAAAUCUCCUGACGAAAGAGACCCCUUUCCUAGUUGCAGAUUAACAAGGAACCAUAGAAAAGCAGUGUUCACAGUUUUCGAUACACCAAGACUAGGGGGUUUAAGUAAUGCCCAUUCCUCAAUAAAUAUAGCCUCCAGUACACAAAUUGAAACAAACAUUCCAGAUACAGUAUCUAUGACGGCACUAAAUAAAGAGGAAGAUUAUAGUAAAAAAAAGAAUUUUAAUUCCAACUUUAGAUCUGGAAAACCUGUUCAAAGAGCAGCUUCAAGACUCUAUAGAGCAGAGAGCCUGAAAGGCAAAGAAGGUUGUGUAGGGCCAGAAUUCAUCGUCAGAGCUUCUCAACCUGUUAAACAUUUAGAUUUAACUAUCUCAGCAUUAUGUGAUAAGAAAGUUAUAACAGUUGUGCUUCUAAACGGCCAGAGGAUUGAAGUUAUUUGUGAUCCUAAUACAAUCACUGCUGGACAAAUAUUUGAAGCUUUAGUUUUAAGUGAAAAAUAUGAGCAUAACUUUAUGCUUGGUAUUGCAAUAUUGAUUGGUGGGGAUUUCGUAUUUUUACCAGAUGACUAUAAAAUUAAGAAAGUUGUCGCUGAUCAAUGGCAUAAAACAAGCAGCAAGCUCAGUAAAGGUACUGAAGAGAUAUCUGUCUCAUUAUUUUUAAGAAUAAAGUUUUUUCUACCUAUCAAUGUGUCCAAUAACAUACAAGACGGGGAAUGGAGGCAUAGAGUUUAUUUACAGCUUCGACGAGCAAUUGUAGAAGGACAGAUGUUCUCAACAAUACAGAAUCUCAUUUUAUUAGCAGGAUAUGCACUACACAUAGAGUUUGGUGAAUUUUCUUAUAGAGAACAUGGAACUGCAGAUUAUUUUUUAUUAGAACAUUAUUUACCUGAAUCUCUUAUUAUAAAUGACAUGACUGAUGUCAAAUUUCGAAUGAAACGAGCUCACGAAUCUAGACGUGGAUUGGACAGGAGUAAGGCCAUUAUAAAUUACAUAACUAUGGCUCAAACUUUUAGAGAUUAUGGUGCACACUUUUAUUCUGCUAUUUGGGCAACUAGAGAUGGCUUUUGUAGGGAUGUAUGGCUUUCUAUUGGACCAAGAGGUGUGACCAUUUAUUCAAGAACCAAUAAUAAUUCUGAUGAGUCAAGUUCUAAUCCAAAUCGCAUUGUGUUGCAGAGUUUACCCUGGCAUCACAUACACACAUUCUAUUAUAACAAAAAGAGUCUUUACAUAAUGCCUAAUGCCUACUCUGGUCUGUCUAAAAUAGGAAUCAAAUAUAAACUUAAAAUGACAGAUAAUAAGAGUUAUUUUGCAUUUUGGUUAGUAUCACUACACCACAGACUGUAUUUAAAACUAUAUGCAAAAGAUGAUUUUGUGAAUUAUUUAUCAAGUGAAUUAAAUUGCCCCUUAAAUGUUCAAAAUAGUCCUAAGAAAGUAGAUUGCAGUAACUAUCAAGACAGUUAUAAUCUUGCUGUAAGGAAUCCUAGAGUAAGAAGGCCAAUCAAAAGAAGGUUUAAAGUGGACCUUUUCAGUGAUAAAAAGUCCCAGAAUAAAGAAAAUGAAAAGCCUUCUACAGAACAGUUAUUGAGACAAAUAUUAUCACCUCAACCAAGUGAUGAGAGUAUUAUAAGCUCACCAAAUAGAUAUGGUCAAAGGAGUUCCUCAAAUGAGGGUCUGUCUUCAUCAGAAAGUAGCUUACCAAGGAGACAUGGGGUGAAAAUGGGGACAAGAGUCUUCAAUGGUAUGAAGUCUACAUUAGAUGGCAAAUAUGCAGGCUCACCCUUAAAACUUUUAACAGUGAGAUCAGAUGGUGAUUUAGCAACUGCACAUAGUGAUUCUGAUGAUCUGAGCUCUGAGCAGAGGCAACAUUGUAAUAUAAAUAGUAUGCAAUUGCUACCAGAGAGAUGCUAUAGUCAGAACAUGAUUCAAGCACCCACUGCUUAUGUUCUAGAGUCCCCAAAAGUUUAUUCAGAUGUAUAUAGCUAUGAUACUGGAAAUGAAUCUUGUGUGAAUACAUCCAUAUUUGAAAGGCUUGAUAACAUGGAAUGUGUUCAAGGAGAAAGAGUUUUUGUUACAGCUGUUUUAGAAAGAGAUAAGACAAAUGCUUUGGGUUUACAAGUUGCUGAGGGUUCUGAUGGCAAUGUGUACAUAAAAUCUAUAACUCCUGGAAGUGCUGCUGAUGUAUGUGAAAAACUUCUACCUGGAGACCAAAUAAUAUCUGUCAAUGGACAAACAUUACUUAAUUUAAAAUAUGACAAAGCUUUAAAUAUGUUGCAAUCAGCACCACAAUUAGUAGAACUUAUUGUAUUGCAAAAUACUUCCAAAAACACAAUUUGUGAUUCACAGUUAGAUAAUACUCUAUAUGUAAAAGAAAAAACUAGUAGAGGUUUGAAAAAUAGUUUAAGACAUAGUAUUGCUAGUGCAUUAGAUGUAGAAAUAACAGAUGACGAAUUAUUAAAUGAAGAAGCACUAAAAACUAUAUACGCGCUUAUUAAACUAACAAAAGAAAAAGUCAUAAGUAGAAUGAAAGAAAAAUCUGUAAAAGAAAACAUUAUUACAGGAAGCAACUUGCAGAAAUGUCGAUCAGAGAUUAAAGUUUACGAAAAGUCAGAUUUAGGUAAUUAUUCGUCCCACGAGGACACGCCGCAGAAGAAAUCGGCUCAGAAAUUCAACACAUGGCGUGGCCAACUGACUAACAGUAGACCAAAACGACGACCCUUAAGUUUAAGCAUUCCAACCGACGUCCACAUACCCGAUGAUUAUUUAAAUGAAAAAACGAACAAUCCACUGACGAGAAAGUCUAUUCAAUCAUCAAUUAAUAGCCUCGAUCAAUCAGUCAAGAGUUCCUCGUUAAAGAAUGUAGCUUUGCCAAGGAACUUCGGUCUUAGUAGACGAUGGCUUGGACCAGUGAGGUAUCCAGUAACACCUUGUAAAAACAGCAAUAUUAUUGAUACUGAAUGUGCAAUUGAUGGCAAUGUUGUAAGAAGACAUUUUAUUUAUGGUACCGGUGAUUCGGACGAGGAACAAAUAUUUUUGUAAAUUUAAUUAUUAUAUUUUUUUAUAAUUAUAACAAUAGCUGUAUAAUAUUUUAUAUUAAUAAUUUUAAUGUAUAUUCGUUUAAUAUCCAUGUACCUGUUAAAUAAUAUAGAAUUAUUUUUAAGUUACUGUAUAAACCUAAAUAUGUUUAUACUUAUG